CAAUGACGUGCAGAAGGACAAUGUGGACCAACGAUUCCUUAGCAUCUUCCGCAAGGGCAAGAAGAAAACGAUUGUUCGGAACAUGGGGCAGAUGAUUCAUUAUUCCAAGGUCAAGUUUCGAUUUCAGCACAGCCAGGAUAUAAGUGACUGUUAUUUGGAACUUUUCCAGUCCCAACUGUACUUCCAGUCUCGAGGUCCCACUGGGUUGACAUAUCAGGGAUUAGUGCCACUGAAGGAGUUGAGUGUUUACAAGUUGGAACGUUCCAAGGUCCCACCUAAACCAGAGGAAGAGCAUGCUUUCCGAAUCACAGGGCCUCUACUCAAUCCAUUAAUAGUUUAUUGUCCAACCCUGCAAGAGUUGCAGAAAUGGCUUUACCACUUGGAGAAGCAGAUCCAGCUCAAUGGCGGAAACCCUGACACUUUGCCUAUAACAGAGGUCAACAAUGUGAACCCUUGGGAUAAAUCAGAACUGAGAAAGUCUGUUCAGAGCCAACCAGUCCAGGACUGGGAGGGAACACAGAGGGAAUCUCUAGGUGCCAUCACUUGCAUCUCCAAGGUGAAGCUGCAGACCCUGCCGUUCCAGGAACUGAAUGACAGAGUAUUGGUCUUGUACCCAUCCACUCUUGUGAUACUUUCUGAAGAAGGAAAAAAUCUUAGUUUUAAGGGAGAACUACCACUUAAAGCCAUACGGGUGAUUACAGAUGACAAUGAGAAACAGAAAAAGUCUUUCUUAUUAGAAGGAAGGUACAUCAACACGAUCCGCGUGAUCUGCCUCCAUCAACAAGAUUACGAUGAGUGGAUCGACCACCUAAAGAUCGCCCAGCUUCAAAACAGAGACUCCUCACUGUCCGCAUCCAGUAGUUUUUGUGGAUCACACUCUGCACAUCAUGAGCAGGUGACUGCCAGUUGCCGUAGCUCAUUUACCUCAGAUGGGCGAACAAAGUCCUGGGCAUCGGGCAGCAAGCUGGCGAACUCAAAUCAACACUCCAACAGCAAUACCCAGGGGUCUGACCGCCAGUCUUAUACCAUAGUGGGUGAGCAGAACCUGCAGGAGGAUCCGCUGUCUCCUGGAUAUUCACAGCCUGUUCAUUGCACGGCAAAUCAGAACUGGUCCAGUGGACUAAAUGGCUCAAGCGAUCUCCAGAGAGGUGGCAGCAUCCGAGGGUCAAAAGGGAAGAAAAACUUGUGUUUGCAGAUGCCCCCCACUAUGCCGCACUGCUACGACAUAGAAAACACAGGAUUUGGACUUAUCCCUGAGACCCCCAGCGAAGAUGUCUUGUCUCCCCUGUACAAGGAGCCAUACUCCUACCAGAAGCCCCAAACUACUGUGACUCCUCAGGAUAUGUUAAACAGAUGGAGCCUAGCGGACAGCCAGCAGUCUACCUCUCAGUCUAACAGUCAAGUAUUGUCCCCGCUGUAUGCUGAGCCAUACACACCGACCGGCCAAACAAAUAGCAGUACCAAUUUUGUGGAAGAGCUUCUACGAAGUUUAAACACAAACCGCACUGAGACGCAUACCUCCAAUAUGAAGACCAAUGGAUCAUUCCAUGUCAGCCACAAAGGACAUCCACAAUUACAAAAAAUAUAUUCGCAUCCGGUGAAGGGAAACCAGCAGCUAGUGAAGCCCAUGUUACACAGGAACAGCGAACCAGACACCAGCAUCCACUCCAGACUUGUACCAGCUGCACAGACUCCAUUUUUUAAAAGUAUAUCCAUGGUAAAGGCAGAGAUGCAACACAGCAACAAAGAAGUUGAAGAGAUGUUUGACCUUCCGUCCUCCAGUAGUCUACAGACAGAUCCACUAGACCACGACUAUGCAGAGCUGCAGAGUUUCCAGAGUGACUUCAGUUAUGAUAAUAUUUGGGACUAUGAAGUCAAAGAGAAAGAUCUCAAUCAGUUGUCGGCACCCUCUUAUCCCAAGCACUAUUUUCCAGGCAUCCAAGGCAAGACUGUACCUAGCCGGUGGCUGUAAUGGAGAUGCUGCAGGACUGGAGUUGUAUUCCAGGCUUGAACUUUUGUGAAGAACUUUUUGCUGCUUUGGUGGGUCACGCAUCUGUGGUGGGACUCAUCUGAUAUUGCGUUCAGUAGUGUUGAGUGGCCUUUCCAUGUUUCCUAGUCUACUGGUCUUCCUAUUGUGUUAGGAAGCUACUCAUUAUGCCUUUUCCAUUUUAUACAUGUAAAAAUUCAUUGCAUUGGAGAGAAUGAGGCAAUUGCAGGUGCUACUUUUUGCAACAAAAAAAAGGCUUUUUUUUCUUUACAUUUACUAUGCAGGUGUGGCUGCUGUGGAUCACAAAGAUGCAAGUGGCAAUUUCGGUAUUAGAUGCAUAUCACGUACAUCUUAUAGCCAAACUUGCUUUAACCUGACUUAUGCAAUGUACCUCUGGUUUGGUUCAUACUUUCCCCUGUCCUGAUUCACAAAACCCUUGUCAUAAAAUUUCACCCAUGUAUAAGGACGCUUAAUUAUGGAAAGUCCUGCCAGCAACUAUCGCAAUUGUAUUGUGAAUAAAACAAUAAAGUUUUCCAGGUCUCAUAGUAUAGACUUGGCGUCUGUUAUAAGGACUGAGGGAUCUUGGUCUCCCUGGGAUUCAUACGCCAGGUUCUAGGUGUGAACAGCAUUCGUGAGCCGCUGUUUGUGUUGCUUUGCCCAUGUGAGCUACCAAUACGUAACAUGUUGGUUGGUUUACAAUGUAAAUGUAAGUAUAUUUAUAUAAUAUUUGGUUUAAUAUUUAGGCCAUAAGGACCUUUUUUUUAUGUAUUUUUUUCCCUUUUUUUAUACUGGUUUAAUGGGUUAUUUUGUUCAACCUAUUUAACAUAAUGUGGUAUUUAUUAAGAAUGGUUGCACUGUUAAGUCUGUAAAUAAUUUGUAUGCAACGGAAGUUUGAGGGUGGGGUUUUUUAACUUCUGAAUUGUUAUACUUUCAACUUUUAAAAUAAAAAAAAAA